AUGGAGAGCAAAGCCAUCGCCAACGAGCAAAUUAGUGCCUCUUCUCAAUGGGAUCACAAUGAAGCUGCACAUAAUGGUAGACUUCACUUUAAACAAUCAGGUUACAAAGCAGGGGCUUGGGUGGCUCUCACAAAUGAUGAAAACCAGUGGCUCCAGAUAGAGCUGAUUAAUCCAUACGUUAAAAUAACAAGGGUUGCAACGCAAGGACGAAACGGCCAAACUACGUUGAACUGGGUGACCAGCUAUAAUCUAACUUACAGCAACGAUGGAGUAAAGUUCCACAUUUAUAAAGAACGUGGACAUGUGGAGUCGAAGGUUUGAUACUUAUCUAAAUUAAUUUUCAUCAAUAAUCCAUCUCUAUUAAAUGGGAUAUCUAAAAAAAUACACUGUAAGAGUCAAACCAUGCACUUCGUUAAGCGAUCAAUUCGAAAGUAUAAAAUUCAGCUUAAAUUAAGAGAAACUACUGAGUUACUCUAGUGAAUAAGCACCAAAGUCUGUGCUAAUCAUUUUCCACAGCUUCCAACUUUGGGGAAUAAAUAAGUUAAAGAAGUCUAAUUAAAAUUACAGCGGGAAAAUUAAACUUACAAAUAAGAUAAUUAUAUCUGAAGCAGAGUAGAGAAUUUUAACUGGCUCGAAUCUCCAUGAUUUAAAUCCGGGGAUAAUAUAACAUUACAAGAGAUGUUUAGGGCUUGUUUUGGCCUUUCAUAAGGGGACAUUAGACAGUAUACCAUGUAAAAGAAAACAUUUCCACUCGAACCUCUACAGGUGGUGAGAUUGGUUUGACAUUUCUUUAAUGAUUAUCCUUUUCUGAAAACGACAGUGUUAAAAUGGGCUUUUUCAUACGAUUUGUCCCUUUCUUUCAUUGUAUCACGUAACAAAUCACGUGACUUGAAUCGGAAGUUCGCUCUCAGCACACUUUGAUCUUAACUGUCGUUCGGAAUAGAGUCUAAAUAAUCUUCAAAAAGUGUUAACUCUCAAUUUUAUAGGAGAAUUAAGUCUUUCAUGUUGUAUGGAUAUUUUCGUCUUUCAAAGACGGAGAGUAGUUUAAGUGAUGAUAACAAAAAUAUGUUGUUAAAUUUAAGAAAUUAGUCAUGAUCUCUGAUAAAGGCUGACAUCAAACAACUGCCAAAUUUCAUGUCGAGCGGAUAAUAGCACUAACGGCUUUUGCGGACUAUUUUUAAACGGUGGAUUUAAAUUUGACUUAAAUACUUGAGACAGCCCAAGGUUGAAGAAUGCAGUGCAUGCAACAUAGGUAGGAGGUUUACGUCUCUCAGUGUGUUGAUCUCAUUUUAGAAUUUCGUUGGAAACACAGACAAAGACACCGUUGUGUACCAUGACCUCUUUCCACCAAUUAGAGCAAGAUACAUCCGUUUCCGACCGACAGCUUGGUAUAAUUGGAUAACAAUGCGAGUAGAGCUGUACGGCUGUUUAGGUAAAUAUGAAAUCGAUUUGUUGAUAACGAGUAUUGCUUUGAUUGACGUGCAGUUCGUAAUUCACUUAUCUUGUGUCCUAUCAAAUUUUGAAAAUUAUUGUGUUUAACUCAGUUUUGCUAAGGAAGGCAGUUGAUUAUAUACUCUAAAUUAAAACUUUCUGUUUAUUAUCUGAAAAUUCAAAGAAUGUCAAGACCCUUUUGGUAUGGAAAACGGUGUCAUUUCUGACGGACAAAUAAGUGCCUCUUCAGAACUGAAAGCAGCUCAUGCGGCGAAUAAGGCCAGACUGAAAGCCCCAGAGGGAACUUGGCUGCCUCUCGUGAACAAUGCCGACCAAUGGCUUCAGAUUGAUUUGCUAGAAAACGAUAUCAUCGUAACGAGAAUUGCCACACAAGGACUGAAUGAUUCCAAGAAGAAGAAAUGGGUUACUAGCUACAAUCUACAAUAUAGUAACGACGAAAUUAACUUCCAUUAUUACAUGGAACUGGCAGUAAAAAAGGUAUAUUAGAGUAUUACAGGGUAAGUAAGUAUUAUCAACUGAGCUGACAACGUAAAUUGGCCGCCGUAAAGAGAUUCAAACUCGACGUGUCGAGCGUUAGCCCUUAAUCAGAGCAAAGGACUACCGCUCACUUUGUUCAGAGGAAAUUACCAUGUUAAACCCUCUCACCGACGCAGCAUCGCAGUUUCCUGAUAUUAAAGUACUGACGAGGCUUCUUUUUUUCCAUAAAAGAAGACAGUAUUGCAAAAAAAACAUGCAGAGUGCAUCGUAUAUACCAGGAAUUGGCUGUUUUGUUCUCCUUUUAUUGUUUCAAUGCAUGCAUAGUUAUUGAACAUCUGUAUAAAACAUUCUGAAGUAUUCUUAAAAACCUUUUAAGGUGGCCGGGGAGCGCGGCCAAUUAGGUAUGUCAUGAGAAGAAGGAAAAUUAAAAUUCAAAAUCUUUACCUUUACAAACGAACAUCUUGCAUGAAAAUUUUAUACUUUUCCCACCUCAACAAUUUUACUUUUUAAACUGCCGUCCCAAGCUGACCUAGAACUACCAACUUCUCUUUAGUUGUUUUUCACUUUAAAUUCUGACUUAAAAUUUUUAAAAAGUCAGUGAGAUUUAAUUAUUAUAUUAUUCUCGAUCGAAGAAAUCAGCAGAUUCUUUUCCUUUUUUUUUUGGAUACAUCAAGGCUUUUGAUGGAAAUAUCAACAGGUAUUCAAUAGUUUACCACGAUUUAAAUCCCUCCAUCGUGGGACGUUACGUCCGAUUUCGUCCAAUUAACUGGAACGAGGAAAUUGCCAUGAGGGUGGAGCUGUUCGGUUGUUCAGGUAAUUUUAAUGGUAGGACAUAAGCUUUCAUGUCAAGUCGUCACUAAGCCGCAUCUCGAAUGAAGCACAUCCAAAAAUGACGUUAAGCCUAAUAUGCAGUUGUAAUCUCCCAUUCUCCAACAUUCCCCGAUGGAAACUGUCCUCACAACAUCCAGAGGCAGGAUGAUAAGUUCAAGACAAAGAUUCAUGGGUUCUCCUUCCCGCGGGACAAAGCACCAUCAGCUCCGACUAAGUAACAACUAUUAUCAAACAACAUGCUGGGGAAAGCGAGAUAGCUCGUGUUGUGUUAGCCACUUGGCUCGUGAUCCUUUCGGUCACAUCGCGUACGCUUUUCUGCCUUUAUACAAAAAUUUUCCCGAAAAAAAAGGAAUUUUAUACCAGUAGGAAAACAUAUGUGAUACAAUCAAUGCGCGAAUUUGUCUAACAUCUUACUAGUCGUGUAAGGAAACACACGCAUACGCACACUGAAAUGUACGAAGAAUUACGAUCUCCAUACUCUCAAGGACGGACAUAUGGUAGGACGUACGACUCGGCAGACUGACAGAAAAAAAAAAAACUAAAGGAUAGGAUAGAUAGGGCAGAAGCACACAGGAGCUUACAUCAUCUAAUAUGAUUUUUGCAGAUUUGGAUGAAUGUCAAGAGCAGAAACACAAUUGCCACCGCAUGGCGCAUUGUAACAAUACUGUGGGCUCAUUCAAUUGCACUUGUCUUCAAGGAUUUACAGGAGACGGUGUCAGCUGUUUUGGUAUGGUAUAUGACCGACUCCACGUGCUCAAAUAUGUCUCAGCUGAAACCGGGAAUACCCGGUUAUAAAGACAAGUGAUUUUCCGCAACCUUCAAACGAAAUGUAUAAUUUAAGACAGGAUUGCAUCAUUUUGUUGUUUAGAAUGUAUAAACGUUUUUUUCCUACGUGCCAAAGAGCUGUGGAGGAGGAAAUUUUGUCUCUAGAAAAGAAAACCAUUUGAAAGAUCAUCAAAUCAAUAUCCCCUAAUAAGCUACGAAAUAUGCACGCAGAUAUUUCCUUGGACAUUAUGUGUGUUCCGAAGCUCCAAGUUUUCAUCGUGCUCGCUCUCGAAAACUGGUGCCUUUUGAAGGGAAAAUUAUUUGAGGAUUUUAGAUAUCCUCCAAGAUACAAAGGUAGCUCAGCAAAAUCUUUUCCCUACAUGUACGCCCAUAUUUCCUGUGACAUAAAUGCAUGCCUUGGUAUCGUACCCAUUUUCUCAAAUAAAGUGAAUUAUAGAUCAUAUUAAACCACGAUAACCGUUUACAACUUCCCGAACAACGUUUAACUCUAGAUUUAGAUAGGGUAUGCUAAGCAUAUUUUCCAACUCUGACGAGAUCGUUUCAUCAGUAAUGAUUUCUUCUUAUACAAAAAGAUCAUGCGUGCCAGUAAAAAGGAAAAUGGUACCAAGAAUUCCUUGUUGGAUAAUCAAAAGACUCAUUAUUUUGCGAGUUUUGCUGAUGGUUCUAAGUUUUGAAAAUUAUCUAGGAAAUGGAAAAGUUCACCAAUCAGCACUGGAAAAAGUGUACAUAUGCCUCAAGAAAUGAGCGCAUUUAAGAUUUGGAUGUCUGGUCAUAUUUUCUGUAUCAUUCUUGCCUCCUCGUUUCAAUAUUAAGUCAAUGUUUUCUUUAAGGUUACAAUUUGGGGCCAUUUUCCAAAUUGGAUCACAAGAACGUCUUGUUUCACUUCAUAUAAUGCAAGUUGUUAUUUGUUUUCAUAAUGACCUUUACAUCCAUAGACAUAAACGAGUGUAAGGAAGAACUGGAUGACUGCGCUCCUGAGGCAAAUUGCUCUAAUAGAUAUGGAUCAUUCGUAUGUAGAUGUUUACCUGGAUACUCUGGAGAUGGACGAUUUUGCAAUGGCACGUAUAAUGAAGCUCAAAUCUUUGGUUCACCGUAACGAACUCUGCCGCUAACAUUCUGAAUGAGUUAUUAGCUAAACGUUCUCGUAAACUUCGACAUCUCGUCGAUGAAACUGUUAAAAAACAGACCUUAGAUACUCAUGCGACUGGAAAGCAGAUCGAUUUCACGAUAUUCUUUAGGGAAAUUUAGGAAUCAUUUCAUAAUCAUCACUAUCAGUCUGACACCCCAACAGUAGUAACAAAACAUCAUCCAUGUCCCAUUCUUUUGAAUAUAAGCCACGAGAAAUAUUUUUUUCCUUUGUUUGUUUGUUUUUUUUUUUUUUUUAGAUUAGGUUUGACAGCUAUAUAGUCUUAAAUACGUAUUUCUCUUUUUCAUAUAGAUAUUAACGAAUGCACCACAAAUGUGCACAACUGCGACCCAUGGGCAGUUUGUAAUAACACAAUCGGAUCUUUUAAUUGCACAUGUUUCAAAGGAUAUGAAGGAAAUGGUACAAGUUGUGCUGGUAGGAAAUAUUUGCAAGAUCAAUUGCUUCUUGCUGUCUUUUAUUUAGUGAGGCACUUAUCCUUGUCACAAGACUUAAACACAUUUAUGGAAUUAUGUAGAUGUCGAUGAAUGUGCAACCUCAACUCACAACUGUCAUGGAGUUGCUCACUGCUUUAACAAUCCGGGGUCCUUCAGCUGCGAGUGCCGCAAAGACUACACUGGAGAUGGAAUAGCAUGUGAGCCAGACGGUAAGAUUAAAUUAAAGUUUCAGUGAAACAAAACUGGGCUGAGAAUUAA